UCCGCUGCUUCUUGCCACGGCAAGAUUCCCACCACCCAGGAAAGAAAAUGGAUGGUUUCAAAGAUUCUGAAAACGACGGAGAGAAUUGCAGCGAAGAAUUGCCUGUUGUGUUCCAGUGUCAGGGCUGUAGAUCAAUUUUGAGUGAUUCACUGGCUUUCCUUACAGCAAAUGAUGAUUUGAAAUCUAUCACCGUAAAUCGAGUAAACUCUUCUGUUGGGCUCUCAACAAGACGAAUAACAUCAACUCACGGUGUGGACCAAGGAAGUACAUACAGUCCUGUGGAAUGUAAGGCAUGCCAUAAUGUAGUGGGGAAGGUUUACAAAACAACUCCAAGACUCCUGGAUGACCUUAGGGAUUACUACACCUUAGAUGCCAACAAACUUUUAAUUUACCAAAUAGGAUCUUCCACUACAAGCCUCUUAGAAGAUGACCCUUCUCGUUCUGUUCCAAAUAUCACCAAUCUAAGGACAUUGAAAGACACAGUACUGAAGCUCCAGGUAUUGAUGUGCACCAUGCACCAGAGGAUAGCAAAUAUUGAGCAAUCCCUCGAGAUCGAGAACACCCAACCAGCCGGACCACACCAAGGCCUCCCGCAGGCCCUCGGUUCAAAACCCAUGCAGAAUCAACAGAACCAGACUGGAGUAAUCACCAGCAACCAUGAGAGAUUGCACGUUUUAUCGUCGGUGAAUGAUGGUAGAGACAGAUCGAUGGAAACUCUUCCGAAGACAAAGUCCCAGGAGCAAAGCGGUGACUCGUACAGAAGUGAGGAUGUACGAGAAAGGCGGAAGAUAAGGGAGAGAGGCACAAAGAGAUUGAAGAAAUCUGGGAAUGAUUGAAUGCUGUGCACAGGAUGAACGUCUUUUACAAACUUUUUGAGACUGCUAGGAUACAGCAUUACCAAUGAAUGGUACGAGUGCCCUCAUUACUGCGCAGUUCCCAUGAUCCCCCUUUUCAACUCUUUGGGUUGUUCUGUACAUGUAGUUCCGUAGACCAUUUUUCACACUGCCUGGGGCCCGUUGCAUAAAACUUUUUUUACCUGACAAAACUCUGCCAUUGACUUUAACACAGGGCAAAAACUCUGGUAAAACAACCUGAGUUUUCACAGCUAAAAAGUUUUAUGCAACGGGCCCCAGGUAUAUUGUUAGUUCCCAAGACCCCGCAUUUUACCCUGGUUGCAAAUAGUACUGAGCAUAAUAACUGACUGUAAGAUCAUCAUGUUUUUUAGGCAAUCAGUACAUUUUAAAGGCACUGUCACAUUGUUCCAUCCAAGCCUUGCGUGUCUUUAUUUUUUUUUUCUACUUGCAAGUUGACCGUGCUCAAAAUUUUGCUGCCAAUGCGUUGUGGGUCAAUAAAUCCAGUUUGCACAUGAUGGUCAUUCUUAAAUCAAACAAUUGCCUGAUUGAAGCAAUUUUGCAGACCUGUGCCCUUCAACAUACAGCAUAGCAAUUCAUUGACAGGCUAAUUUCUAUGGCUGAUUGCAUUGGAUAAUUGUGUAUUGUAUGGCCUUUCUUAAAUAUCAGCCCAAAGAUAAAUGGCUAAA